UCUUAUUGGUUGGUUAUUCGGGCUCAUACACGAAUCUUCGAACUUUCUAUUUUCUGUGAUUGCGUUGUGAACAGGAACACCUUUUUUCAGGAAAAUAUUUGGGCUCGCCAAUUAGUGAAGGUGUAUAAUACCAUAGGAAAAUAUUUCAACAAAACAGGCUCGUCGAAACUUAUAGAAAAUUGAAAUGGCUGAAGUUGAGAAAGUUUCAACUACAGCGACGAGUUCUCCUGAGGUGGUACCUGCCGCAGAUAUACCUUUGUCCGAGAUUGGGGAAGCCGCAGGCAGCAACGCAGUAGAGUUUGGAACUUCCCCGACACAGGAGCGGUCGAGUAACUCCCAUCCUCAUGAUUCGGAAUAUGAUACAGCCUCCGACCUCGAAGGCGGGGGUGAAGAAUACGAUGAUGAUGAGGAAGAUGACGAUUUAGAUGAUGAUAGUAUAACAGAUGGGGAAAGCAUGACCGAUGAUGAUGACGACGACGAUGAAGAAGAUGUAAGGCAAGGUAGCGUUAGUUUGGAGAAAGCCGAAAUAGAAGCGCAAAAGAAAGUAGAUGAGGACCGUAGCAAUCCGCAGUAUAUACCAAAGCGAGGAACAUUUUAUGAACAUGACGACCGUACUGCUGAGGGAGAGGCAGAAAGAGUGGUUAACUUAGAUGAAAUCGGGGAAGCACAGGAUGGAUGUGUGGGAAGUGCCAAGCCCCCGCAAUCGCCAACAAUUUCUCAUGCCUCAAAAACAAUGAAGAAAUGGCAAUCAGCAUCUGCGGUAGAACGUUGGAGUCAUGACCGGUUUGAUGCUUCAGAGCAAGCACCAAAGUCACGGGCAGAGCUAGUUUCCUCCUACGGUUACGAUAUACGUACAGAAGAUGCGCCACCGCGUGCUCGCCGUCGCCGAAGAUACGGGCGAGGCCCCAGUAAGUAUUCUCGUAAUUGGGAAGAUGAAAGUGCAUAUUUAAAGGCUAGCAAUAAAGAACGCAAACCGCCCCGUCCAUCUGAUUUCCCUGUAUUGAACGAACGUAGUACCCCUAAAACUCGUAAAACACAUUUAACUCGCGAGGAAAAAGAAAAUCGAGCAGAUAGGCGAUCAGGUGGCGAAAAAUCUGGAAGUUCUCGGCAACCUCCGUUUCAAGAAGAACGACGUGAUGUGAAAGGCACGGUAGGUAAGGGGAAAUCUUUCAGUCACCAGGUGGGCCACUCUGGCCGACAAGCGCCAAUGGAAUUUAAGCAAAAACAACGUAAUUCCCGGCAGGUUGGUAAUUUUUAUAAAGAUUCUCAAAGCAUUCGUAACGACGCGCAUUAUGAUCGACAGAACAAUCGCAACCAUUCAAAUGGCCAACAAAAUUCUGGAAUGACAGAUCACCCACAACAAAAAGCGGGAAAUGGUAAGCAGCAAACACAUUCCAAGCACUCUCAACCCGAAAGUGCGUAUGCUCCAGUUGUUGGCAGUUCAGCAUCCACGAGUGGAAGUAGCAAUAAUCACCAAUCAUAUCAGCAACAGCAAAAUUCUAUUGCGUCAAUACGCCAACAGCCACAAUCUAAAAACUCACCAACCACAUCCAAUUUAUCGCAGCGGUUGCAACAAGUUCAGAACCGCAACGAUCCAAGUCACGUUGGCAGCAUUCAAAUGCAUGCUUUAGCUUCUCAAAACCAUAUGGCUAAUCAGCAACAGUUGACCGGUAAUAAUGUAAUGAAUAAUCAACAAGGUAGUCAGCAGCCCCAAACAAUGCAGCAGAUCUCUCAAGAGCAGCGGGGACCACCAAAGCGUUACUCAAGUCUGCGUCGUUCACAACACGAAGCGCAGCAUAUAACUGAACAAAUGCAGCAAAUGCAUCUGCAACAACAACAACCGCCGAUGAUAAUUCAAGACCAACACAUCAUUCAAGCUAACCUCAUGCAACUUUAUCAUCAAGAAAAUAUCCAAGCAAUGCAAGUACUACAACCAAAUCAAACACAAAGUCAAUCUCAGAAGCCCGCUUCAAGCUAUGCUACGGUGCCAGCACCAACUCAAGGCCCACCUUAUCCUAACGGUGGUAAUAAUACAAAUCCACCAGCAACAUUUUACGUUGCUCCCCCAGAUGUUUACACUGCCUCUGCCACCGCUAAUCCCCAAGCGCAACCUCCAGGACAAUACACACAACAGGCACCACCAAACUACCUGCCAACAUCUUCCGCAACAACUACAGCCACACUGGGGUAUGCUGGAGGACCGGCUUCAGCGGCCCCACCUCAAGUUGCAGGAUCUCCUGCAGCGGCAUUCGGCACGUCCUCCGCUGUGCCUCCUUCAUCGGCCGCCACCGCUGCAGGAGCUGCAACUACAAGCACUAAUUCAAACUUUUCGAAUUAUCAAAACUACAACACAGUUGGAGGAACUACAUAUUUUGUACCGCCAGCACAAGCCACUACUCGUCCGGUUGUACUACCACAGCGACGUCCGACAAACGCCAUACCUAUAUUGCCCCCAUCCGAGAAGAAUAAGCAACGCAACUCAGAGUCUAAAGAAGAUGGCAAAACUCUUGUUAACAACUCAACUACGCAAGGAAAUUGCCAGCUUUUGGCUCCCAUUGGUAGCGUAGAAAACAUUGAUCAUAUAAUUGAUAAUAUGUUUGUGCAGCGUCCGGCUUUCCAGCCACCACAGCCAGCUACUUCUAAUCCCACUCGCAAAAGUUCCUCGCCUUCAACGAAUGCAGACAACAGCAAUGGGGAAAACAGUGGUAAUGUCAAUAGCGGUGGUGGCAUAAUUAAUUCGCCACUUACUGACGAUGUUGUCAUAGCAAAUAAUGCUGCGAAUGGGGAAAAAUCUUCAAAUGCAGAAAGUGCUCAAAUAGAAAAAAAUGUUAACAACUCUAUGUUACUAACACAGGAAUGAGA